GUCUGCACACUAGAUUUGAGACGCAGCCCCUCUGUAGGACGCGCGCGUCACGUGAUCAGGUUAGUUUACGAAGCCGAACUCAGCCACAGCCAGAUGCGCGAUGAUCUCCUCAAAAUGAUCGUGAUGUGCUGGAAACCUCAGUCCGACACAACCAUGACGAGCAGACGACCCUCGGCGGUAUGGCUCACUUAAACAAGCUGUGUGUUUUAGAGCAUUUGUGUGUUUCUUGUCGGUGGCUGACACAUUUAUCGGGACGCGACAGCAGAUCAGUGUGGAAGCGGACAGAGACAAAGGGAAGGGCUUUCACAGCUAGAAUGCUUCAGGCCUAAAAGAAGCCAAGAGGAAAUACAGCAGCGACGACUGAAGUGUGAAAGCCGCCGAUCAAGAAACCGCAGACGCUACUUAACGAGAGGGAGCCGUAGCUGAGAAGAAGCAUCAAGUCGUCUGGGAUUUUCUCUCUAAAUCCUCUUCCAAUGGUUGAUUGGUUGAGGCCAUGGCCUCUCAGUCAGGCAACAUGAACCGUGAAGACCGGAAUAUGCUCCGUAUGAAAGAAAGGGAAAGGAGAAAUCAAGAAAUCCAGCAGGGAGGAGAGGCCUUUCCAGCUAACUCUCCCCUCUUUCCUGAACCUUAUAAAUCCUGCAAGGAAGAUAAACUCUCAAGUCGCAUCCAGAGCAUGCUGGGAAAUUACGACGAGAUGAAGGAGACCAUCGGUGAACCCCCAAUGUCCAAGCUCAUUCCCAAAGCCUCCAGCUCCACCUCGGACGAUAAAUCCAGCCAGAGUCAGAACAGUAAAUGGGCUCCUGUCGGCGGCAUCUCUUCCUCGUCCUGCUCAUCCUCCUCAACUUCCUCCUCCUCGCAGAAGCGCUCGUCCGUGCAGGGCAGCCACAGCAACAGUCAGCGUAGCGGCUCCGGAGGUCAGCGGCACGAGCGAGACUACAGCAGCAGCAAGAAGUCCAGCAAGCACGGCUCAGAGCACAAAUCCCACUCCAGCCCGGCCAAGGGCUCCAUGAGCUCCGGCGGACACUCGCGCAGCCGCACCAAGUCUCCCAGGGACAGAGAAGCCAACUGGGACUCGCCCUCAAGAGUUCAUUCCUUCUCCAGCGGACAGCACCCCAGCCAGAGCUUCCCGCCUUCACUCAUCAAACCCAGCUCCAUGCUCCAAAAACCCACCGCCUAUGUGCGGCCCAUGGACGGCCAGGAAACAGCCGAGCCCAAGACCUCCUCGGAGUCGUACGGCGGUCAGUCACACAGCAGCGCUGUGGGAGAAAUGAAGCCCAAUGGCAAGGCUUCCCUCACCAAGCUCAAGAUCCCGACGCAGCCAGUCGAUGGUCCAGGGGGAGAUGCGAGCUGUGUUGAUGAAAUUUUAAAGGAAAUGACUCAGGUCUGGCCUCCUCCACUAACAGCCAUUCACACGCCCUGCAAGACAGAACCAUCAAAAUUUCCCUUCUCCACCUCUAAGGAUGCCCCGCACCUGUCUUUUGGGGCACAAAAAAAACUCUCAGGAAAGAGCGCGUCGACCAGUCACCCGUCUAAACCGAGCGACAGCGACCAGAACACGCUGCAUGAAGAUCUGAAGCUCAGCAGCAGCGAAGAUAGUGACGGAGAGCAAGACCCCACUAAAAACCCCUCCCGAAACACUUCAACAAGUAACAACAGUAAUAACAGCGAGGCUGCUGAUCGAGACGACACCAGCAGUCACAGCGGUUCGGACAGCAGCUCCGGUUCUGACAGCGAGAGCGAGAGCAGCUCUACAGACAGUGAGAACAACGAGCCUCCUCGUCCUGCGUCACCCGAGCGGGAACAGCCCACGGCGAACAAAUGGCAGCUGGACAACUGGUUCAAGAAAGUCAAGUCGCCCCCUGCUUCUCCAGUGGAGAACAGCAGCACGACGCCAACGAAGUAUAAGAAAGAGGGGCGAGAAACCGGCUCCAGCAGGAUCUACAGUGGCCCGGGUUCAAAAGAUGUGACGCCGUCUGCCGGGCGAGACCUUCGGCCAAACCAGAAGGGGCAAGACCGGAGAAAUCAGAAGUCUCCCGCUCAGAGCGAGGGGGGGAGUCAGGGCGGGCGGCGAGUGGUGGUGGGCAAGAAGCAGCCUAAAAAGCCAGAGAAGCCGCCCGUGGUUGAGGAGCCGAAGGGUGGGCUCAAAGUGGAGACCGAACCCUCGCCCGAGAUCCCGUCGCACCUCAGAGUCCGUGCGCCCAACAAGGGCCCCCGCAAACCCAACAUCAAGAAGGAGCCCAAAACCUCCUCUCCUCGACCGGCACCGGACAAACGCAAGAAAACGGCCAGCAAGUCCCGCGAGUUCAUCGAAUCCGAUUCGUCAUCGUCGGACUCGGAGGGCAAUGAAAGCGUCCCCUCGUCUUCACAGACACCGAGAGAGCAGUACGCAGAGAACCCGUCUGUCCUGUUCUCGCCCAUGCUUUCCCCGCUGAGUGACCAAGAAGGCAGACUGCUGUCCAGACUGCUGGUGCAGAUCGACCUCAAUCUGCUGUCCAGAGUGCCUGGUCGAGUCUACAAGGAAACCGAGGUGAAAGCAGAGAGGAGCUCCCCUCCCGAGGGGAAAGACUUCCAGAAACAGCCGGGAGAAAAGGGAGCCAGCAAGGGGAAGAGGAAACACAAGAAUGAUGAAGAUGGUGUCAAAGCAGACAGUAAGAAGUCCAAACUGGAUGAAAAGUCAUCACACAAAUCCAGCAGUAAAGACUCAUCUAAGCGUGCUCAGGACAAAGAGAAGGAGUCUGCGCCCUCUCCUUCUAUCACGCUGCAGCGGACGCCCAAAUCAGAGCACCAGGGCCGCAAGCGGACGCUCAGCCAGUCCUCCGCCUCUGUUCCCAGCGGCAAAGACAGCAGCAAGAGCAGCUCCAAACACCGCAAAGGCGACGACAAGCCCCUACGCAGGGAUGCCAAGGAGAAAAGCUCUAAAUCCGAGAAUCCCAUUGCAGUGCCGCCCCUCUCUGAUGGCUCUAAAUCUAGAUCCAAACUCCUGUUUGAGGACAGGGUUCAUUCAGCUGAUCAUUACCUUCAAGAAGCGAAGAAACUGAAACACAACGCAGAUGCUCUGUUCUACAUUGAGAGCGACACAACAGGUGCUCUCCUCACACGAAGCACAUGGAUGGACCGGUUUGAGAAAGCCGUGUACUACCUGGACGCUGUGGUGUCUUUCAUCGAGUGUGGAAACGCCCUGGAGAAGAGCGCCCAGGAGGCCAAAUCGCCCUUCCCCAUGUACGCAGAGACCGUGGAGCUCAUCAAGUACACUAUGAAGCUGAAGAGCUACAUGGCUCCGGAUGCAACCUCUGCAGACAAAAGGCUGGCGGUGCUGUGCCUGAGGUGCCAAGCGCUCCUGUAUCUGAGGCUGUUCAAGCUACGCAAAGAAAGUGCACUGAAAUACUCUAAAACACUCACUGAACACUUGAAGAAUUCGUUGAGUAAUACCCAAGCUCCGUCUCCUGGAGUAGCAAAUAAAACAGCGGGAAUGCCGUCUCCGGUCUCUCCUAAACUGUCUCCGGGCAGUGCGGGCAGCUUCUCCUCCAGCAGCUCCAGCCAGAGCGCCAGCUCCUCCGUCACCAUCCCACAGCGCAUCCACCAGAUGGCAGCCAGCUACGUCCAGGUCACCUCCAACUUCCUCUACGCCCUCGAGGUGUGGGAGCAGGCCGAACAGCUCGCCAAAGAGCAGAGAGAGUUCUUCACUGAACUGGACAAGGCUAUGAGCCCGCUCAUCUUCAACACCAGCAGCAUGACUGAGCUGGUGCGAUUCACGCGGCAGGGCCUGCACUGGCUACGACUGGACGCCAAGCUCAUUCAGUAGAGCGGCUCUAUCCUAUGCCUACGCAAAACACACUCACACUCGAUCUGCCUCAGAUAUCUCUGUGACACUGUGUUCAUUUCUACACCAGCUUGCCAAAAAUGGAAGCACUCGGUGCCCCGCCCCUCCACCACAGACUCUAUGAAUAUUCAUGAGAGGGGAGGCGGCCAAACCGCACAUCUGUCAGAGCGUCCACUGCAUCGUCCUGCUCAUAUCAUCGGCUCGUUCAGCUAAAAAUAAGCCUGGUUUCUUACUUUGACUGUCUUUUUUGUUAAUUUUCUGCUAGCUGUAAGCAAACAAGAAUAAUAAUUGGAUGUUUAUAGCUUUUUAUUUCAACCAAAGUACCUCCUUUUAACCAAAGGUGCUUUAAAAUUGAGGUUUUCUCCUUUUAUCGUUUUAUCGUGCCUUGUAUUUGAUAUACAGGAAACUAACUAUCUUGAAAAACACAUCUAGGAAGGUUUGAAGCUGAAAGAACAUCAUGCACUCGGCAGAUAAUGAAUGCAGUGCUUGUAUACCUGACCAAAAGACUGUUCGGCACCGUAUCAAGGCAUUAUUACUGAUCUGUUCUUUAGUUUUUUGGCCUGCCUCAUCCACAGACGCCACAUCAGAGUAAGUCAUGUUUAUAGCCGGUCUUAUUUGCAUACGUCACUACCACAAACACCCAGGCCAAGAUUUUUAGACGAAAUGUAGCGCUCGCACUCUUUCUCUCUCUUGAUUUUCUGGUAUUAAACGCAGGAGUAUUUUAUUACCGUGGCUCAACCUAAAAUAGAUUUUAUUUAGAUAACGGCAAAUUGUUCCAAGAUGCGUUUCACUGUUGAGCAUGGAUACAGGGUUGCAAUACGAGAUGAGACGUAUUUCUAAUGUAUAUGAAAAUAUCAUAUUUAAAUAUUUAAUGUGAGUCUUGAGGUUGCCUUCAUAGUGUCACAGUCACCCGUGUGUUGCAGUUCUUUUAAAAGUUCCUGCAGUCAUGUGAUGAUAUAUUUAUGUGUUCUGUUGAGAAUAGCAGUUUAUAUAUGUACAUAUUAGCACAGACCAGUCUGCAAUCCAUACACUUUGAUAUGUUUAGCACCGAAAAGAGGAAGCUGGUGAAGUGAAGAGUCAAUCCACCGGAUACGAAAUGCUGGAAACUUAGCGUCUCGUGCACUAGAAUCUUUCCUCUAAUUGGCUCCUAAACUGUUUUUUCUGUCUAUGCAGUGGUUUUUCUUGCUCGUUUGUGCACUAGCUAACGAGGACUCCUGCCAAUUGAAAUUUUCAUCAGUUAAAACAGAAACUUUUAGAGGUUAAACACAUAAUGGCUGGCGUCUAGAUACAUCACUAAAUGCGCUACCUUGCAGAAUACAUAAUUUUGAUUUAGAGAGUCGGUAAAUGCAUUGUGUUAUAGGGGUGAGGUCUGUUAAUUGUGCUUUUAUGUAAAUGAAUCCAUGCACUAAUGUGAUUUAUGUACCAGAUUCAUGAUAAGAAAGCAACUGCAUAUGAAUAUGGGUUGUUAAAAUGAUUUUCCCUUCGCCUGACAUGAAUUUGUUGUGCUGUAUCCUUCUUUUUUUUUUUCAGUUUUUACUGUUUUUAUCUUUUCUACUAGAAUUCAUGAUAGUGCUUUUAGAGGAUUAGACUGACUGAUUGAUUUAAAUCCAUGUUUAAUUAUCUGUGUGAUCAUAACUGUACCCAGGGUGAGAGAGGUUUUAUUUUUUUUCAUCCAGUUGAAAAAUAACACUUGCAUGUUUCUAUUUAAAUACUAAGCUGUACAGAUGUACAUAAAAAUUCUCUUUUAGGGUAAAUUUUUACAAUGAUUAAACAUUUAUAUUGAUUGUAAAUAGAAUGUGAAUAUAUUAAAUGCACAUUUUCUCUUUUUUUUUUCUUCUUUUUUUCCAACAGAACACUGUAUGUUAGUGAUGUCAGUACAGUUAUGUUCAGAUUUCCUGUGCUAUAUGAACAUGGCUUUCUGUCAUUCAAGUGAUGUUGGUCAGGUUGAAAUGCAGUUGACUAUAAGAAAGAUCUGCCAUUAAUGACAUAGGACUGCUGUCUAAUCUUCAAGAGAGAGGAGCUUGAUUGUUUUGAGCGGUUCUAGAUGUCUGUAUGAAGUACUCAUUUUAGAGUGAUCUCAAAGCAAUCAUUGGCAAGCAGUAUAAAAUCAAUUUAGUUUUAAAAGUAUUGAAAAGAUGAAAUCUACAUAUAUAUAUAUUCAUAUAUGGAUGCAAUAUGAUCUAUGAUUUAAAGGUACUCUUAUGAGCCUCGAUUAUCCAAACUUGUAAUAACUUGUAAUUUAAACACUUUUUUUUUUUUUUUUUUUUGGUGAAGUGAGUAUUACUAAUGGAUUUUCUGAGUCUGUUGCGAAUCAUCUUUGUAUUUUGCUGUAUUGAGAAUAAAAUAUAUAUGAUUAAA